CAGUGGAAGUCCUGAGUUUUACAAAUCACUUCACUGGUCGCUGAUGUUGAUAGAGCUUGUUGUCCGUGGGUGUGUAUAGGGUUAACAAUGGCUCUUCUUAUGGAGCACCAAUUUAAACAGCUUCCAGCCGACAGACAAGUGGAAACGAGGUCAUUCUUGGAAUCUGUGUCAUACCUUCCGCAAUUCUUUGACUGCCUUGGCUCUACUGUUUUUGCUCCUGUUAAAGCCGACAUUACAGGGAACAUCACAAAAAUCAAGGCAGUUUAUGACAGCAACCCUAGCAGGUUCAAGACCCUCCAUCAGAUCCUGGAGACAGAGAAGGAGAUGUAUGGAGCAAACUGGCCCAAAGUUGGAGCCACCCUGGCACUAAUGUGGCUAAAGAGGGCUCUUCGGUUCAUCCAGGUUAUGCUCCAGAGUCUGGUGGAUGGGGAGAAGGAUGUAAAUAACCCAAACCUGAUCCUGGUAAAUUGCACUAAAGCUUACGAGAUGGCCCUGAAGAAGUACCAUGGUUGGCUAGUGCAGAAGCUCUUUAAGGCAACCGUGUUCGCAGCUCCUUACAAGGCCGAGUUCCUGAAGUCGCUGUCCAAGGGUCGGGAGGUCAAGGAGGAGGACUGCCUGAACAAAAUCCGACAGUUUCUAGUCAACUUCACUGCCACAGUUGAUGCCAUCUAUGAGAUGUACACCAAGAUGAAUGCUGAGUUUGAUAACCCUGCGUGACCACGGCACUCCCCAUGCUGUCAGUGCUUUGCCCCCCCUUCCAGUGG